AUGGCAGCCUCAUCCGACAACGCAACCACAGUCACCCACGAGUUGGCCCAGGAGGUGACCGAGGCCCUCGUCAUGUACUCGGAGGCCAUGGGCCUGCUGCGGCAAGAGUCGUACUUCAAGGCGGCGGUGAUGCUCGACAAGGCGGUGAAGGCUCUGGUGGCGGCGGCUCCGCUACCCGAUGACGCGGAGAGGGUGCUGAUGCAGGCUCGGGUGGCUCUGGCCAACGCCCUGCUUGCUGGUGGGAAGAUCAAUUCGGCUGUGCGUCAUCUCGAUGUGGCCAUUGAGGCCCUCAAGGCUGCCGGUCUGAUGGAGGAUGUGCUCGAUGCCAUGAACUCGCUCUUCCUCUGCAAGCUCCACGCCGGUGAGUGGGACGAGGCCGCCGAUGUCUCGCGGGCCAUGGGCGAUGUCCUCGACGACAUCGGUGCGCCCGAGUCGGCGGUGGCGGCUAGGGCCCGUGGUGAUGCUGUGGCUGCUGGCUGGCCGAAGAACCGCAUCGUCGUCCUUGUCUUUGGCCAGGGCGGCGCUCCCGACGAAGCCGACGAGCUUGAGGUGGACGACGCACUGGAAGUCAUUCGCGCCGGAGGCGGCGGUGUCCGCAUUGGCUUCAAGUACCAGCGCAACCGCCCUGCUCUUCCUGCAGCAGAGAUUUUUAUGCAGGGCUUCCACGAGACCAUGGCCGAGGGCGAGUACGACGACGCCGCUGGGCUCAUCGAGCUCGCCGCCAAGAUCGACGUCCACAACCCGGAUCCCCACUACCACACCGGCCGGCUUUGCCUCGUUCAGCACGACUAUACCGGAGCCAAGGCUGCCUUUGAACGCGCCCAGGAGCUGGCUCCGGGCUGGCACUCGGCCCAGGCGCUGGCCUGGCUCGCCAGUUGCGUCGCCGACGGAACCAUGACUGACGGUAUUUACGAGGCGCUGCAGGAGCUUGACGAGCUCGAGGACAACGCUGAGGACAGUGCCGAGGCCGCCGCCGCCUACGCCGCCAUGGCCCAGGAGGCGUGCGAAAAGUACCCGCUCCACCCGCUUGUGUACAACCACCUCGGGAGCGCCACCUACCUCGUCUCCCGCGAUGCCGAGGCCGCCAAGGCCCACUGGGACACCGCGCUCGAAGUCCUUGGUGACGCUGACCUCGACGAGAUCCGUGGCGUCAUCCUUACCUCCAAGGCUGCCGCGCUGGAGGACGACGAUCCGACCGCCUGGCGCGCCGCCAUGGAACUCGCCGCUCAUCUCGGCCAGAACGCCAUGCUCACCGCCACCAUGGCCAAGAUCGCCCUUGCCACCGAUGACGCUGUCAAGGCCGCCGAGUCCGCUGCCGCGCCUGACGCCUAG